CCCGUGGGUUCACCCCUCCUUCAGUUCCACAUGUCGCGGCGCAUCCCUCCAGUUUUACAUGUCGCGGCCCUGCCCGUCAUUUUGCGGUUCUUGGUGGCGUGCAGGGCCUCGCGCUCCUCGGCAGCCUUCCUGAUGUUCUCGCGCAUCUCGCUCCUCUCCUCGGCCGUCAGCUGAGGGGGCGCCUGUCGAUGGACUCCGACGGCUGCGAUGGACCCGCCCGGCUGCCUCGGGGGGUCGAAGUCGCGCGGCGUCGAGGCGGUGGUUGUCAAGGCGGUGGUUUGUGCCACCGUCGACGCCUUCUGAGUGGUGGUGGUGGCGACGCAAUGGAUGAGCAGCGCGACCCCAAAGAGCACCCAAAGCGCCAACGCAACGGCGAGGAUUUCCCACACCAUGGCCGGAAACUGACCAAGGACGACAAUGGUGGGUGGUCUGCCGUGGUAUGGCUGUAAA